AUGAGGGAAGGCAAUCAGUCACUAGUGACUGAAUUCAUUCUUUUGGGAUUUUCCAAUCUCCAUGAAUUUCAGGUCAUCCUGUUUAUGCUUUUCCUUGUAGUAUACCUAAUAACCUUAAUAGGAAACUCCCUCUUAGUGUUGGUCUCCACUGUAGAUCCCAGCCUUCAAUCCCCCAUGUACUUUUUCCUCAGGAGUCUGUCCCUAAUGGAUAUCGGCUAUACGACUGUCAUCAUCCCCAAAAUGCUCACCAAUUUACUGUCCAAGGAUAAAAGUAUUUCCUUUGGUGGCUGUGCUGCCCAGAUGUUUCUCGCCUUCUUUUUCGGGCCCUCGGAGUGUUGGAUCCUGACAACGAUGGCUUAUGACAGGCAGGCCGCCAUCUGUGACCCGCUCCGCUAUUCACUCAUCAUGAACCGCAGGUUCUGUCUGCAACUGUCCCUGGCUUCCUGGCUAGCAGGGAUUCCCGUGGCAACAGUAAAGACUACAUUGAUGUUUACGUUGACCUUCUGUGGGCCUAAUGUCAUUAACCAUUUCUUCUGUGAUAGCCCUCCUGUCUUAGACCUGGUGUGCACGGAUACUUUCGCGGUUGAGAUAUACAGUGUAACCGCAACUGUGAUGGUCCUGAUGCUCCCCUUUGGAGUGAUCGUUGUGUCUUACAUCCGCAUCCUCGUCACCAUCCUGAAGAUGUCCUCCGCCGAGGGCCGUCGCAAAGCCUUCUCCACCUGCUCAUCUCACCUCGUUGUGGUUUCGUUGUUCUUCGGGGCAGCGGGUUCGACUUAUUUCCGAGUGAAAGCCUCCUACUCUCCUGAGACCAAGAAGCUGCUUUCCCUCUCCUAUUCAGUCUUCACUCCCAUGCUAAAUCCCCUGAUCUACAGUCUGAGGAAUCAAGAGGUGAAAGGUGCUCUGAAGAGAAUUCUGGGUAGAAAGAUAUCUUCCCAGGAUCUGUGAGGCUCUGAUUUGUGAAGGUGACUUUUUUUUUUUUUUACUGAAGUAUGAAGUCACUGACUCUGCUCAGUCACUAUUACUUGGCACAUUCCCAUCUUUAUCAUUUCCUUUGAGCUCACUGUGGGCAUCGGACAUUCUGGGCUCUUGGAAAGACCAUGGAGAAGUGUCAGAGGCCAAUUCCUUCUUCUCAGAAUUAAUAUAGACAACACCAGUAAGAACUCAGGCUAGAAAGAAAAAUAAAUACCAAGACAUCAACUU